AUGCUCGAGAACCACCGCUACCACCAGGGCACAAUCUACAUGAUCCAGAAACUGGUCCCCAGACCAGCCAGUAGCACGGUGCGGCUGAAACGAAUGAUUUGGAUCAACCAAACGUGGAACAGAGAAACGCGAAAAGUCUACAGCGGCAAGGUGACCAUGGACAGGUGCAAAUCUCACAAGCAGCAGUGGCAACAGGGAGGUGGAGCCAGUUCGGAUGAUGAAGAAUACUCUGAAAAGAAAUACAUACGACCUUUGUCUACAAUCAGUACGCCACCUUCAGUAAGAUGGACAUCUCCUUCUCCUCGAGAAUGGUUACAGCGCCUAUCACUUCAAGGUGACCAUGCAACUACGCCCUUCGAUUACUCGCAUGCUAUAAGGAUUCUGGGUCUCGGACAAGGAGCAUCACGUGGAUUCGCAUCAUCAGCCACCUUGCAGGUGCCAGACUCUUCCAAUACGCGUGGCUCUGCUGUAUGGUCUUCUUCCGAGACCUUGACCAACCAAUCAUCACAGGAACGCACGUCAAACUAUUCGCAUUUACGUCCAUCACAACCCCGUCCAUCUUCUGGCGAGGAGGACAGCGAACCUAGGCGUCGUCCCACAGUCAUUCGCGAGGAACCUCCUCCCGUUAUUCGAGUGAGCCAGCCCCGGUCAAGGGCCUCCCUAACUGCUAGAUCCAACUUUCAUGAGCUACUUUCAGAUAGUGAUCCCGGUCCACCCUACCCAGGCGACCGUGACCGUCUUCCCGUACCACCACCUCUCGUAGAUGACUCUCGCGAUCCAGACAUGAACCUCGCUCCCCGCAUCGUCAUAAAUCCUAGCAUGCCCACGCGUUCAAGGAUACCUGUCGAACAUUCCCCGCAGUUCCGAAAUUCGAAUGAGCCUGCAAGAGCAAGGACGAGAGAGGACGGGGGCCAGGUGGAGCAUCUACGGUAUGCGACUGUGAAGAUCCUGCUGAGUUUUGGUGGCAGUGCUGCUGUUCAGUCCUUUGUUCGGUAA